UAUACUGUACAUGUACGUACGUGUGCACAUUGCAACAGACAUACAUGUACAUUUGUACACUGUACAUGUAUAGGCCCCACAUGCAUCUUCGCUUGUUAGCUCGAACUCCAGAGAAAUAGUAGACCUAUCUGCCAUUGCAGCUUUUCCUCAGGCCACAGAGGUCCGCCAUGCAGCAAGCAGCAACAAAAAACCUGCGGGCCUUCAAGACAAAAUGUUUGGAUGUGUACUUUGACCUGGACAACUCGGAGUACCGGGCUAUCCAGAAUAUUGGCACAGGUGCUUAUGGAGUUGUAUGCUCAGCCGUCCACAAGAAAUCCUCAGAAAAAGUGGCCAUCAAGAAGAUCCCUAAUGCAUUUGAGGAGCUGACCACGGCUAAGCGGACAUACCGUGAGCUCAAGAUCAUGCGCCACUUCCGGCAUGAGAAUGUAAUCGGGAUCCGGGAGAUCCUGAUGCCCAGGGAGUCUCUGAGUGACUUCCGGGAUGUCUACGUAGUGCUGGACCUGAUGGAGAGUGACCUGCAUCACAUCAUCCACUCGCAACAAGCGGUCAGCAUGGAGCACAUCCGCUACUUCCUAUAUCAGAUCCUCAGGGGGCUGAAGUACAUACACUCAGCCAAUGUGGUCCACAGGGAUCUCAAGCCCAGCAACCUCCUGGUGAAUGAGAACUGUGAACUUAAGAUUGGUGACUUUGGGAUGGCCCGGGGGCUGUCAGGGAGUGCCGACUCCAAACGGAAGAUGUUUAUGACUGUGUAUGUGGCUACACGGUGGUACCGUGCCCCAGAGUUGCUGUUUUCCAAUGACGAUUACUCAUAUGCAGUGGAUAUGUGGUCCGUGGGCUGUAUUUUUGCUGAGAUGCUUGGCCGCAAGCAGAUAUUCCCAGGAAAGAACCCCAUGCAUCAAUUGAGUCUCAUCAUCGAAGUCCUAGGGAUGCCACCGGACAGUCUGCUUCGCUCGACAAACAGUGACCAAAUCUACAACUUUUUUCACCGCAACUUUGGCGAGAAGCAGUCCACAAAUCUGAGAGAGAAGUACCCCAACCUGGAUGAUGAUGGGAGGGACUUGCUCUCCAAGAUGCUAGUCUUCAAUCCUUCAGAAAGAAUCUCAGUGAAAGAGGCCCUCUCACAUCCUUUUCUGGCUAAGUAUCAUGAUCCAGAUGAUGAGCCCGACUGCUUCCCUGUGUUCGAUUUCUCCUUUGAGCAGGAGGACCUCACCAAGCAGCAGAUCCGACAAAAUGUUGGAAAGAUGAUCUUGAAGUAUCAGAGAACCAAACUCUUCGCCGGGAAGAAGUUGCCGGGCUCCCUGUCCAUUGUCAAGACACCCACAGCCAUUCCUGCCACUUCAACUGCCUGCCAAGAAACCAAAAGUGCAAUAUUGCAGUCGGCCGCUGCGCCUGUAUUUCCUGCCAACCCCUUGCCAGUCAGCAAUCCCCCAAGCACUGAUCAAAGCUCAGAUGCAAAAGAACCACCCCAAAAGGGCAUCUUUAAAGUCCCUUCCCUCCCCACAGGUGAGAAAAAGCUGUUGCCAGCAGAGCCAAAGCCACCCCCAAAGGAAGCGGACGGAGAACCAGACGCUUUGAGUGUCUCGGCAGUGCCUACCUUGACUGUCACAAACGACGUGGACAUGAAAAGUGCAUCAAGAUCAGCCCAGAAUACUGCCGACAGUAGCAUGGACAGACUAGCGCAGGGUGCAUCAACUUAUGCAACUCUUACUGCCUCAUCAACUAACACCAUCUCCGAUGAUGUUGAAAUGAAAAGUGCCAAGGGCGAGCAAAAUCAGUUAGUCACAGAAUCUAGUAUUGGACCCUGUGUAUCAGAACCAGUAGAUGUGGAUAUGAAGAGUGCAAGACAAGGGGAGGCUGGUGUCGUGAGUAUAAGUUCCCAAGUUCAAAGCACACUAAACAUUUCCAAGCAACCGGAAUGUAUGCAGAGUACCGGGCAGAAGACUAUUUCGCAGGACACCAAGGAGCUGAUCAAAGCCGCACUUCGGCAGUCAGCCUUGAAGAAUAAAAUGAGAAAAGAUUCAGAAGCUGAAAAAGGUGGUGGGAAGAUUCCGGUCACUGCACUCUCCCGCCAGAGGGAACGGGAACAGAAGCGACGGCAGAAGCUGCGCCGGUCGCUGGAGAGACAGAAGAGAGGCAAGGGGAAGGGUAAAAAAGCCACUGAAAACAGCGAGGAGGACAAGCACCAGCUGCUGACCAACGAAGACCGAAACCUGCUGGAGAGGUGGAACAAGAUGCUGAGCAAAAAGAAGGAGAUGGAGGAAUCGACCGGAGAGACUGACAGAGCUGACAAGGAGAGCUCCAGGCCAGGACCAGACCUGGGAAAAGUCAGCCAGGACAAGUCCCUUCUGACUCACAGGUGUGUUGGGUCGGAUGCUGCAUUGGCUACAUUAUCCGCCGACGCUUCCAAAAGCACCCAAGGAUCACCCAAUUGCUCCUCACUGGCUGAGCCCCAAGUGGGGGAGCCACUCUCUUCUAUGACAAGCACGGUCUCCUCACUGCAGCAAAAACAGAAAACUGCCCAAACUGGACCUGAACUCUGUGAGAAAAUUCCUGCCAGUGGGGCAGUCGAACCAGCCAGCAUGCUCUCCCAGCAACAGGUGUCAAGCCUUGGAAGCACUCCUCCCUCUGUCAUCUUCACCUUCCCCAUGGCUACACAAGCUCAGCAAAACUCCCUCAGCGGAACCAUAAAAUUCCUUCCAACUUCAGUGAACAGUUUUGGAGUAAAUGACCCACAGCUUUUUCUCAGCCAGCCAUCCAGCCAACCCAUGAACACGAAUCCAAAUCACAGCUUCCUCCCCCAGAGUGAUGUAGAAAGCUCAAACGGCACAACGGCAAGACCGAUAAGAGACCAACAAGUGCCUAUUGCAGCAAGCUCCACCAGCAAACCUCCUGCAUCUACUGCCGACAGUGCCAUAGCUCAGUUGCUCGAGAGGUAUCCAACUGCUGUGUCAUCAUCCUUCAGUCCCACAGGUGUCAAGGGGGAUAGUAACUCCGGCUUCCAACAGUAUCGUACACGCCAUUAUUCCGACCGUGAGACUCCUUCUCCACCGCACAAUAUCCAGCAGUCUCCACCAGCUUAUGAAGAUGCACUGAAGAAGAAGCUUAUUAAUUACAAAAGCCCAACAGGCAACCAGCACAGCUACCUGUACAAGCAGAGCUCUCAGUACCACAAUGCCAGCAAGCAGAGCCCUGUAGCAACUGCGGAUCCUCAAGCCACCCAGCCGAACCCAUCCACCGACCCAACGCCGCCCGACCUAGCCCAGGUGAUUCGGCAGCUCUCCAAGUCAGCCAUGGAGGACAGCCUGCCCCCGGUCUUGCAGGUGACGCCCAAAGGAGAUGGGGCUGGCUACGGACUCAGCAUGGACUUGGAAGACUGGUUUGAAGGUUCUCUUGGCUCACCCCCAGGAGCAUGUAAGCUGGAUUCAGGACCCCUCUCUGCAUCGCUGCUGUCUGAUUGGUUGGAAGUGCGAAACAUGAAUAUGGAUGACAUGAUGGCCGUACAGCAAGAACUGGGGUUGAUGUCGCCAUUCAACAUGUUGGACAUUCCUGGCCUGGUGGUGUCUCCCAAGGAUAAGGAUAGGGUUUAAACCCAGGUCAUAUGUAACGGGCCUGGUGUCAGUUAUUGACCGUUAAUGAGGCGACAGUUAUUGAAGGCUGUAAUGAAACUUAUGGUAAAAGUGACACUUUAUGCUUUCCCAGAUUAGAGGGAUUCUAACCAAAAAGAAUGUUCUGUAACUUUGUGCAGUAUUUGUUUUUAGGGGUUUGUAUAACACACCUGAAAUUUUCAAAUAUAAGGAGUUGUUGGCUCUUGCUGAGUGUUUAGUGUAUAUGUAUCAAGGUUUUGGGAUUGUUCAGUUUCUAGCUGGACUGUGCCAACACUGAACUCUUAGGUCUGUACCUUUCUUGUGGGUUUGUAAGCUCAGACUUUAUAGUUUUCUGGUGUGUUUGGUGACCGUUAAUUAUAGUGUGGAUUUGGUUGGCAACAUGCUCUUGGUUAAUAAAGAUAUGGACUGACCUAGUGGAAGUAGCAAAAUGUGUAAAGAACAACCUAAAGCCCUAUUGAUAAUGGGUAACCAUUCAUUGUACCACUGUAAACUUGAAAAUGUUUUUAUGUGGUGUGCAUCGUGUGCUGUGGUCUUCACACUCCACUAAGAGUGCGGUAGUAACUUCAUUGUUUUUCUAGGGUUUAUAGUGCCAACCUGGGCUUCAAUAAAUAUUUCUUUAAAAGUCCAGACAAACCCCAUGGGCAGAUACCUCUGCAGCAUGACCGCUGUUCAAGAAUGAUUUGAAAAGCUCUUUUGACUUGUUUACUGCAUGUUAGCCGUCUGCUGUCUUGCAAGUAUUUAAUGUGUUGUGUUAAUUACGUCUUUCCUUCAAACGUUGAAAACUGCCGAUUAGUUGUGCUUUCCGAUCAUUAAUUAACAGUGUCUUGGAAUUCAAAUACAUGUAUCUUGCCCAAGCACCAAUAAAGCCUGAUUCUUCCAUGAUAAGUAUCAUUUAUUGUCAUGCAAACUUGGCGGUAAUUAAAAUCUGAAGUAUUCAGCAUAUCUACAUUUAUUCAGUUAUUUGGGGAUGAGCAACACAGGUUCCAACAGCUAUCCAGUUCGUAAGUGUGACGUCACUUCAGUUUAAACCACGCCCACUGCACACGUGCACUGCACUGCACCUAGGAUUACCUGCAUUAAUCGCCAUUUACAUGGAACCAUGGAACUGGAAGUUCACGCGCAACUUCAGCGAUUGUCCAAUGGGAGCCGGGAAAUCGUAUGGCGUCCGCCUUUGUGACGAAGUCUCUUACGAAUUGGAUAGAAUACCGACGUGACUACGACGGGCACAAUAAAGUACUGGUAUGUUUGCACAAGGCAUCAGUGUGAGAACCAA